AUCAUUUCACCAUUCUUCUCUAGUCUCUGAUGUUAACAGGUCGACCGAUGCCUAUCUGAAAAGCCAAAGCCAAACGGCCUAAGCACGCUAACCUACCCCAGACCAUGUCUCUCGUGUAGGUCGUUCAGUGCACCGAACCAAGCGGAGGGGAGGAGAAGGAGAGUUGGAGAUGGCAGCUAUGGAAGGAGCACGAGCAGGAGAAGGUGGCCCGCGUUGCUACGACUUAGACAGCUCAUUUUCGGGCACUCAGGCUAUACACGACAUGGAGUUUGUGCAAAUGGAAGAGAACCAUGGCCUAAGCUUCAUGGUUUCAUCCCAGACCAGUAGUCACUUUCCACCACCACAGGCUUCUAUGCCUUUCAACACCCCUAUGGCAUUCAAUGAUCACCCUAUCUCCAAGCCAUGGAAUCAUGAUCAGAUGGAGAGUUUGGAUCCCAGGGCUGGAAAUGAACCGAAUUGCACCGGCACCAACAACAACGAUGGUUGUAAUUCAUGGUGGAGAAGCUCAACAUCAGAGAAGAGCAAGGUGAAGAUGAGGAGGAAGCUUAGAGAACCAAGGUUCUGUUUUCAAACAAGGAGUGAUGUUGAUGUGCUAGAUGAUGGUUACAAAUGGCGGAAAUAUGGCCAAAAGAUUGUGAAGAACAGUCUCCAUCCAAGAAGUUACUACCGGUGUACCCACAAUAACUGCCGAGUGAAGAAAAGAGUCGAGCGGUUAUCAGAAGAUUGCCGGAUGGUGAUAACGACAUAUGAAGGUAGGCACACACAUUCCCCAUGUGAUGACUCGCAAUCGUCCGAACAUGAAGGCUUCAGCUCAUUCUAAUCAACUUAAUCGAAGAAUCCAAAAUAAAGUUUCAAUCUUCGAUUGGAUCAGUAUAGUCAAGGAUGAUGCAUGUAUUGUUUGUAGUAAUCUUCAUAAAGCUUUUGAAAGGGUGCAUUUGUAUGCGAAAAAUCCAAUACCCACUACCCAAUGUUCAAAGCACAAUCAUUUGGACCUGUAUCUUUAUUUUCAUUAGCAUAGUAACGUUUGAGAAUUGAUUUAUUAAGAUCAUUUAAGGGUAA